CUCUGCUUCACCUUCAAUUUCUCGCUUCGUUUCGCACUUUGACUUCCUUUGACUUGUUAUUUCUCACCUUCACACCGUUUUGCAUACUCUGAUUUCACUUUUUUAAUUGCUCGCGUUCCUUGCAAUUGCAUCUUCUGGAUUUUUUUUAUUUUUAUUUUUUAGUAUUUCAGCUUUUAAUUCGGGUGCGUCGGAAUCUGUUAUUGGUUGAAAAUUUGGAUCCUCCGUGAGUGGUGCACCGCUGGCUUCGACCGUGUCGGAGAUCCGGCCAUCGGGGCUUUUAAUUAUUUUGUUUACUUUUGAUCAAGGACCUGCUAUCCCUAUGUAUAAGCAUGGACGUCUGUCAUACUGUUGUUUGAUUAACCAAGUAUCAUAUUGGUUGAGGAAGCCUAGAGUCAAUAUUUAGUUUUUGCUACCAUUUGUGGGUUUCUGAUGGAUGAUGCUGGGCAUCGUGAAAAUGGAAGGCACAAAGCAGAUCAAUACAAAUCUGCCCAGGGACAGUGGUUGAUGCAACAUCAGCCAUCUAUGAAGCAGAUUAUGGCAAUUAUGGCUGAAAGAGAUGCAGCCAUUCAAGAAAGAAAUUUGGCCAUUUCUGAGAAAAAGGCUGCAUAUGCUGAGCGUGAUGUGGCACUUCUACAGCGAGAUGCUGCAAUUGCAGAACGAAAUAAUGCAAUUUUGGAACGAGAUAAUGCAAUUGCAACUCUUCAGUAUCGAGAAACCUCCUUAUCUAGUGGCAGUAUGCCAUCAUGCCCUCCAGGAUGCCAAAUUUCACGUGGUGUCAAGCAUAUACAUCAUCCCCAGCAACAGGUACACCAUUUACCUAACAUGGGUGAUGCUUCUUACAACACACGGGAAAUGCACCCAACUGAUGCCCUCCCUGCUGCCCCCAUCCCUUCUGAGGCUGGGAAAUCAAGGCGGGCCAAGCGACCAAAGGAACCUAAGUCAACAUCACCUAAUAAGAAGACUUCAAAAGCAGCAAAGAAAGUCAAGAAGGAGAGCGAAGACUUGAAUAAGGUUAUGUUUGGCAAGGCACAUGAGUGGAAGAGUGGUCAGGAAAUGGUCAACGGAGGUGAUGAUCUUAACAAGCAGUUAGCUGUGUCAAAAGCUGAUUGGAAAGGUCAGGAUUUGGGGUUGAACCAAGUGUCUUAUGACGAGUCAACUAUGCCAGCGCCAGUGUGCUCUUGUACCAGUGUUCUGAGGCAGUGUUACAAAUGGGGUAAUGGGGGUUGGCAGUCUGCCUGUUGCACAACUACUCUGUCAAUGUAUCCACUUCCUGCAGUACCCAACAAGAGGCAUGCCCGGGUAGGCGGUCGGAAGAUGAGUGGGAGUGCUUUCAACAAACUGCUUAGUCGUCUUGCAGCAGAAGGUCAUGAUCUGUCAAACCCUGUUGACCUCAAGGACCAUUGGGCCAAACAUGGAACAAACCGAUACAUCACAAUAAAGUAGACGAUGAUAAAUUGUUUCUGGGGCAGCAGUACAUGAAUAGAAACAGCUUUUAGUGAUCAAUUGUGGAUUCUCAAGUCGGCCGAAGAAAAUAAUGUUAAGUGUAAGGGUCCUCUGGAAAGGGUAUGCCCUUAUCUAUAUGCAGGAUGUUGGCUAAAUUAGGGGUUGAAGAAAUGACUAUAUAAUCAUCGUUGUCAUUUGUACCGCACUUAAUCUGCUGAGAUGGUCUGGUGGCACCAAUGGCAUGUAUAAAAAGUCUGCAUGAUGGAUAAGUAUAGCUUUUAGAUAGUCUUGGUUAAUGCAUGUAGUCCUUGAACCUGAAUAAUUGUAGACUCGUGUCCUUAGUCAUCCUUGAACUCUCUACCUAUGAGUUAAUAUGUAAAAUCGACUAUGUAUGUUAAUUUUUCUCCACGUUUCAUGUUUGUUAUUUUUCUUA